AUGAGCGGCAAGGCUUUGCAAGUUGCUAAGGUGUACCGUCACCUUCUCAAGGCCAUGAAGAAACACGUUGCGAAAGAAGAGAAUAAGAGGCAUUUUAUAAAGUACGCAACUGAAGAAUUUAGGAACAACUGCAAACUGUCAGACCCAUCUUCCAUUCAGCGUAAGAAGCUUGCCGAGAACUACACUUUACUUCUCAAUAGUGUGCACCAUCACAAGGACUUGUUCUCUUACAACAUUGCUGUGGAUAGAACAGAUGAGAUGAAGAGAGUGCUUGGAAAAUCAGCUGCAAGCGUGGGGCUUCAACUUCCCGACGUUUAUCAGCCUUGA